CUGGAGGAAUUGCCCUCAGCUCUCGCAGCCCUGCAGCUGACAGCAAGGCUGUCAUCCAAGGCCAACAGCAAGGUCUUUCAUCCUCAGGAGUCUUGAGAUGGGCAAAAUCAUCAUUUAUGAGCAUGCCAACUUCAGGGGGGUGUCUAGAGAAAUAACUUCUGACAUUUCCAAUCUGGGACAUUUGGACUUUAAUGAUAUUAUCUCCUCAGUGAAAGUAGUUGGCCAGCCUUGGGUGGCUUAUGAGCACAUAAAUUAUACAGGCAGGCUAAUGGUACUAGAGGAGGGGGAGCAUGACUAUGUUGGUAGAAGCAUGAAUGACACGAUCAGUUCUCUGCAGAUGAUCACUGAAGAUCUGCAUGAUCCCCAGAUCACUCUCUAUGAGCAUCCCAACUAUCAUGGGAGGAGCAGAGUAAUAAGGCAAGCAACCAACCUGGCUGCGGGAUUCGACAAUGACAUCAUGUCUUCCCACAAAGUCCAGAGAGGUGCCUGGCUGCUGUGUGAGCACAGUGAUGGAAGUGGGAUUCAAUACAUUGCACGAGAAAAAGAUAACCUUCCACAUUACUCAGCAAUCUACCUCAAUGACAGGCUUUCCUUCCUGCGUCCCCUUCGCCCUGGCCGCUCGUAUUAGAAUGCAAAUCCUCCAAAGCUGAGAAAAUAUGCAGCGCCAGCAAGAAAUUUGAGAUCUAGAUUUCUCCUUCUGCUUGUGUAGCCUUUUUUCCCUGGGAACUCUCUGCUGUGCUGCACUGCAGAUCUGUACUUCUCUAUCCUGCCUUGCAUGCUUCUCCAGCCCCAUAAAUGAAAG